AUGAUUAUAAUGAAUACAAUUGAUUUUGAAGAAUGUCUCAAAGAUUCUCCUGCUUAUCGAAAUCAACUUCGACAAGCAGUAAAUCAUAUCGACAUGCUCGAAGAUCGCUUAGAGCAAAUGUUUAAAAUGUGCAAUUCUGUAAUUAAUAAUGGGAAAAUAUUUGUGCAAGAAUUUCAAAAAUUUCUAAAAUCUAUUUUUGAUGCCCGCGAAUUGUUUUCUACAGAUGAAGUAGCCUACAAAAGUUUAGGAAAAUUUGGAAAUUAUCUCCGUGAAAUACAAACACUUUUUUCUAAUUUACUUGAACAGACAUCACAUAGCCUUUUACGAACAUUAACACGUAUGUUAAAAGAAGAUAUUAAAAAAGUCAAAGAUCAAGGCAAAUUAUUUGACCGUUUAAGUUCAGAUUAUGAUAUUGCUUUACAAAAAAAUGCCGAUGCAUCAAAAGCUAAACCUCAUCUAUGUGAAGAUGCCAGUAAAAUUUUAACAGCUACACGUAGUUGUUUUGGCCAUACAUCAAUUGAUUAUACAUAUCAAAUCAAUGUUUUAUAUAAUCAACAUAAAGUUGACUUGAUCGAAUUAUUUUUAUCGUAUAUUAACUUUCACAAAGCAUUUUUUCAUCAGGGCUAUGAAUUGUUAUCUAUAGAUACUGAACAAGAUUUUAAUUCAAUUACAACAGAAUUAACUAGAAUGAGACAAGAAAAUGCUCAAAAACAAAAAAUUUUAGAAAAAGUUCACGAUACAAAUCAAAGACGAUCCUCAACACCAGGAGAUACGACGACAUGUUUUCCAAUAAAAUCGAUACUAUCAUCAUCGCACUAUGCACGACAGUUGAAAUAUGACGAUAACCGAAACGAUGGAAUAUCAACAGACGCAUCAUUAUCUGUAGCAAAAGAAACUUUAUCAAGAAAUCCAUCACAACAAAGCUUAUCGAAUAUAACAAAUACAUUAACAAAUGGUAUUGAAGCAACAAAAGAGGGUUAUCUAUUUAAACGUUCUCAUAAUAAAUUCAAAACAUGGAAUAGACGCUGGUUUUCAAUUCGUAAUGGUCAAUUACUUUAUAUGAAACGUAAUAGCGGUAAUUCAAUAAAUGAUAAUUCACAACAACAAUCUUCAUAUUCCGUAAUGAUACUCGAUCUACGUUUAUGUACAAUUCGCGCAUCGAAUGAUCAUGAUCGUCGAUUUGUUUUUGAAAUUAUUUCACCAAAUAGUACACAUCUUCUACAAGCUGAUUCACAAAUUGAAUGCGAUCAUUGGGUGAAUUCGCUUCAAUUAGCAAUAAGUAAUUUAUUUAAAUCGCCCAAUAAUGGAAAUUUACAUUCGUUUACAUUGCUACCCAAACCUUAUGUUGAUGAUCGUUCAAAUUCAGUUUUAACUGCUAAAAAUGAAAUCAAACAAGAAAUGAUUAAAGAUAAGAUCGAUUUUGUACGUUCAAUUACAGGCAAUGACAAAUGUUCCGAUUGUGAUGCGGAUGGACCUGAAUGGGCAUCGAUUAAUCUAGGAAUUUUACUUUGUUUGAAUUGUUGUGGUGCUCAUAGAGGUCUCGGUGUUAGUCUUUCAAAAGUUCGUUCACUUCAUAUGGAUACAUGGGACUUAGAAACAUUAAUUGUGAUGGGCGAAUUGGGUAAUACAGUUGUCAAUAGUAUAUAUGAAGCAAAUCUAUCAAAUAAUGUAAAAAAACCAAGUGCUGAAACGGAUGCUUUGACACGUCGAUCUUAUAUCGAAGCAAAAUAUGUGCAAAAAGCAUUUUUACGUUCUUUACCAGCAUCGAAUCAAAUACGUUCAACAACACGCACUAUUAAACGAUGGUCUGUGAUGAAAGGUCCAAUAUCAACAGCGACGCUUACAAAUGAACAUGAUGAUGAUGGAACAUCAAAUUCAUUAAAAGUCAAUAGUCGACAGUUAUUAACAAGAAGGUUAACCGGCGUAUUAGAAAAUGAAUUAACAGCAGAUUCGUUAUCAUCGAUAUGGAAUGCGAAUAUAUAUUUAUAUGAAGGGGCUCGUCAUCGUAGUGUUCCAACGAUGCUUCACGCAUUAACUCUUGGUGCGGAUAAAAAUUUUCUUAAUGAGCACGAUCAUGGGCGAACACCAUUGAUUCAAACAAUAUUAAGUAGAUCAGUUGCAGCUGCUGAAUUUCUUUUGAUAAAUAACGCAAAAAUAAAUUUAGCCGAUGAGGAUGGCAAAACACCACUUCAUUAUGCAACACAAUUAGCCAAUAAAGGACGAGGACCAAUUAUUCUUCUACUUAAGCGUGGUGCUGAUCCCUUAGUAAAAGAUCGUACAGGCAUUGAUGCCUGUUCACUUUCGAUGGUCAUUGGCGAUCCGGAUGUCAUCACAUGGUAUCGUUUAAUAGCAUUACAUGAACAAAUGAAAGAAGAAGAUGCCGAUGCAGAAAAAACCUACAUAUCAAUAUUAGACGAUCCUGUCUAUAUGAAAGAAAUAGCAAGGACACCUUCAUUUUCAUGA